AGGCACUAAUGACUAUGCAAUUAAUUGGUUAAAGUGCAUCCGUCUUGUCUAAAUGACUUUCCCUCUUUGUGGUCACAUCUGAAACGCCCUACCACACAGCUUCUCCUCCGUCUGCUACGAGUCGCUUCUGUUUCCCCAUUCUCACACAGGACCCUGCUACUACUGCUGCUCUGACAAUGGACAGGUAUGUGACUUCUCCAAUGUCAGUGUUCACGGUGGAGGAGCCUGGACACUGUGAUGCCUCCCGUCCACCUCCAGGAAGAAGAAGGGCAAGUUGUAACUUGCUGAUGCAGUUGAUUUUGCUGCUGUUUGCCCUGCUGGCACUGUGCGGGGUAGCGUCACAGAUCUACUACCUUUCAAAGGUGCAGGCCAAACUGGAGGCUACUCAAGAAAUGGUCAACAUGAAAUUCGAGGCACAGCAAAUGAGAAUGAAAACGGCAUUCCGGGAUGGUCAGUUAUUUCCAUCUGCUCACCUCACAGGUCUAACAGUUAAGAAGAACACAUCGCUAGACAUACCACUUCAAUGGGAAUCUGCACAUGGCUUGGCAUUCCUCCAUGAAAUGGAGUACAGUGAUGGAUCACUUCGAUGCAAAAAAUCCGGACUAUAUUUUGUGUACUCCAAACUGCAACUGGGAGUAGUUUGUGAAAAAGUGGACCCUUCUUUACUAUUUACCCAUUCAGUAAAAUUGAGAACAAUGGGUUCUGUCACUCAAUUAAUGGUGAACAGUGGAGGGUUCUGUAAUAAUCAAGGUUCUCAAAUAUGGAAGAAAAGCAGCUUCCUGGGAUCCAGCUUCCUGCUAGAAGAAGGGGAUGAAAUUUUUGUCAAUAUGUCUGACAGAAGCCUCCUACGGGCCCAGCUACAAAGCGCAACCUUCUUUGGACUUUUUAUGUUGUAGAAAACUCAAUUGAGAUGAACUCACUAACGGUAACCAAAUCAUAAGCAUGGACGUACUUUUACUCCUCCUACAAAUAUAUAUUUUUUUGAUGAUCACAGAAGAACUCCUAGUAGAAUACUAAGUGGUUGAAUUACUAAAACUGAAGAGUGCAAAAUGUGGUGCAGCUUUGCAAAGAAACCAAUCAGCUUCCAGAAU